UACGAUCGUUUCGUUGCUCUUAUGGUUUGGGUUUGAAGGAUGAAGCUUAAAAAUGGAUCAAUUUCAGUAGCAAUUUUUUGAGCUGCAUUUUAAUUUUCGGAUAGAACCAUGUGAAUUUGUUGGACAAUAUAUGUUGUAAACUUAAUUGGAAGUCAACAGUUUGCCUCAUUGCCAUUUUGCAUUACUGAAUAUUCAUGAUUAUAUAUCUUGUAUUGGGAUCGAAUUUGGGGGUGGAACAAGAGCAGUAACCGUUUCACUUGCGUAUUCCUUUGUGGAGAAAUAAUUAAAAACUAAUUUUGAGGUGGAUUUAUUUGCUCAGUUCCUUUCUUUCUGUUCUUCCUUUUCAUUUAUUUCCCCAGCCAAGCCUUUCGUAUUGUGAAUCUUUGGACAUAGCAAUAUAUGGAUCUGCACAUUAUUUAUUACCUCCUCUUUGUCCUUCUGUCAACCAAAUAUUGUUGGUUUUUGGGUUCUUUCCAUGAUUCGUCCUGUUAUUUUUUGAAGUUUAUUACUUUCAUAUAACAGGUAUUUACAAUUUCAUGGACAUCUUUUGUUCAGGUUGAUUUCCAGUCAUCUUAUGUUGUCUCUGGGACCUUUUUUAGAAAAAGAAAUAUUUUUAUGUGGAUCUUGGAAGAUCUGAAUUUGUUGUGUGUAAAAUUAUAUGCAUUUUGAGUGAUGGAGGAUUUUUAACUACCCCCUCCUACCACUUAUGUUUUUGUUUUGAGUUUCUUCCUCUUUUUUCUUCUGCCUGCUCUCUUUUUUGUGUUUUCAGGGGAGGCCUAUCAUUCUGUUUCACAUUUGGCACUCUUGAUUUUAAAGGAAUUGGAUCCUUUACUUAAUGAACAUCAUAUUCAAACUGGUUGUGGCUCUGUGUCUGUCAUUGUCUAUGGGGAUUGGGACAAGCCAGCUCUCAUCACUUAUCCAGAUUUAGCACUAAAUCAUAUGUCAUGUUUCCAAGGAUUGUUUUUCUGCCCUGAGGCAGCUUCUUUGUUGCUUCAUAACUUCUGCAUAUAUCAUAUAAGUCCUCCAGGGCAUGAGUUGGGAGCUGCAGCAAUUUGUCCUGAUGAUCCAGUGCCUUCUGCAGAUGACUUAGUUGAUCAAAUUGUUGAGAUUCUCAACUAUUUUGGGCUCGGUGCAGUGAUGUGCAUGGGGGUAACGGCUGGUGCAUAUAUCCUUACUCUAUUUGCAAUGAAGUACAGGGAACGUGUUCUUGGUUUAAUACUUGUAUCUCCUUUGUGCAAAGCGCCUUCUUGGACUGAAUGGUUUUACAACAAGGUCAUAUCGAAUUUGCUAUAUUUCUAUGGCAUGUGUAGUUUGCUGAAGGAGUGUUUGCUCCAGCGGUACUUUAGCAAGGAAGUCCGUGGUAAUGCUGAAAUUCCAGAAUCAGAGAUCGUUCAAGCUUGCAGAAAAUUGCUGGAUGAGAGAAAGAGCACUAAUGUCUUGCGGUUUCUUCAUGCAAUUAAUGGGAGGCCUGACAUUACAAAAGGACUGAAGGGGCUAAGAUGCCGUACACUUAUUUUUGUCGGGGAUAGCUCUCCUUUUCAUUCUGAGGCUCUGUACAUGACCUCAAAACUCGAUAGGAGAUACAGUGCCCUAGUGGAGGUCCAAGCUUGUGGUUCAAUGGUGACAGAGGAACAGCCACAUGCGAUGCUGAUUCCCUUGGAGUACUUUUUCAUGGGGUAUGGGUUGUAUAGGCCGUGCCAGGUCAGCGGGAGCCCUCGGAGUCCGCUCAGCCCGUCAUGCAUUUCGCCACAGCUUCUUUCUCCAGAAAGCAUGGGAUUGAAACUAAAGCCUAUAAAGACAAGGGUUUCUCUACAAGUUUGAUCGGCUGACUUUUGCAAUUUAAAUCCCUUAUUUUGGUUCUUUAAAAGGGUAGAGAAAAGGCUCAAAAGCUGGAGGAUUGUAGAUAUAAAGGGGACUCGGGAAUUAUUGGAAAUAUAUCUGAAUAUAGGGAGACUUGUAUGUUGAUUAAAAAAAAAAACAAAUAGGGAGACUUGUAUGUUUUUUUUUUUGGGGUCCGAAGGUAGACUUGUAUUCAUUCAUUUGUGUUUAGUCAUAAAGGAAUCAUUGAGUUGUCUCUUUAAUUGACCGGCGAACUCAAAAUGUAUACAAGGUGACGAGCAAUCAGUGGCCGCCGAAAGGGUAGAGAGAGGGAGAGAGAGAGAGAGAGAGAGAGAGACAUGCUUUCCAUGAUGCCAUGAUCGGAAUCUCGUCUUUUUAAAUUGAUGCACGGCCACAGCUGUCGCUUUGAUUUCUCA